GCUCGGCGCUCCUGGGCCGCGGUGCACGAGGUGCGCAGGCUGUUGGGCAACAUGGCGGACUUAGAAGUGUGUGCCGUGCCCAAGAAGCACAAGAAGAAAAAAGAGCGCCAGUCCUUGCCCGAGGGCGAAAUCGCUGAAAUACAGCUUGCUGAAGACUUUUUUAUCAGACCCGAAUCCAAAGUGGCUCAGUUGGACACAUCUCACUGGCCUCUGUUGCUAAAGAACUUUGAUAGGCUGAAUAUAAGGACAGCGCACUAUACUCCUCUUCCUUGUGGUUCAAAUCCUCUAAAAAGGGAGAUUGGGGACUACGUUAGAACAGGUUUCAUUAAUCUCGAUAAGCCCUCCAACCCCUCUUCCCAUGAGGUGGUAGCCUGGAUUCGACGGAUACUUCGGGUAGAGAAGACGGGGCACAGCGGUACUCUGGACCCCAAGGUGACUGGUUGUUUGAUCGUCUGCAUAGAGCGAGCCACCCGUUUAGUGAAGUCACAGCAGAGUGCAGGCAAAGAGUAUGUGGGGAUUGUCCGGCUGCACAAUGCUAUUGAAGGGGGGAGCCAGCUUUCUAGGGCUCUGGAAACUCUGACGGGUGCCUUAUUCCAGCGCCCCCCACUGAUAGCUGCAGUCAAGAGGCAGCUCCGGGUACGCACCAUCUAUGAGAGCAAGAUGAUCGAGUACGACCCUGAGAGGAGACUAGGGAUCUUUUGGGUGAGCUGUGAGGCCGGCACCUACAUUCGCACACUGUGUGUUCACCUGGGAUUAUUGCUGGGCGUUGGUGGUCAAAUGCAGGAACUCAGGAGGGUCCGCUCUGGAGUCAUGAGUGAAAAGGACCACAUGGUGACGAUGCAUGAUGUGCUGGACGCACAGUGGCAGUAUGACAACCACAAGGACGAGAGCUACCUGCGGCGAGUCAUUUUCCCCUUGGAGAAGCUGCUGGCAUCUCACAAGCGGCUGGUCAUGAAGGACAGCGCGGUCAACGCCAUCUGCUAUGGGGCGAAGAUCAUGCUGCCGGGUGUGCUCCGCUACGAGGAUGGCAUCGAGGUGAACCAGGAGAUCGUGGUCAUCACCACCAAGGGAGAGGCCAUCUGCAUUGCCAUCGCACUCAUGACCACGGCGGUGAUAUCUACCUGUGACCAUGGCAUCGUGGCCAAGAUCAAGCGAGUGAUCAUGGAGAGAGAUACAUACCCUCGAAAGUGGGGCUUAGGGCCAAAGGCGAGCCAGAAGAAGCUCCUGGUAAAGAAGGGACUCUUGGACAAGCACGGCAAGCCCACUGAGAGCACUCCUUCAUCAUGGACCCAGGGCUACACGGAUUACAGCCACUCUGUGCAGAGCAAGGAAGCGUCUGGAGUGGUGGCCACUACCUCAGUGAUUGCUGACGAAGGAAAGACCCAGAAGCGAAAGCGUGAGAGUGAGAGUGAUGGAUCCCCAGUGUCUCCCCAGACGGCUAAGAAAGAAAAGAAGAAGAAGGCCAAGAAGGCCAAGGAAGCUGUGGAGACUGUGGACCAACCAGGAGACGGGGUAUGUAGAGCAGUACCCGUAGGGCUCCUGGGGCCUGGCCGGCAAGACAGUAAUGGGGUGAAGAAGAAGAAGAAGAAAAAGAAAAGCAAAGAAGUGGUUUCCGAGUAGCGAGGCCAGCCCGGGUCAGAGCGCUGGGCCUCGGAUGCCGGGAGAAGAGACGACAGCCUUACUGAGAACAGUUCCUUUGGCAGUUUGGGGGAAAGUGUGAUGGCUCUGAGCACUGCGCUGCUGCCUAUCUGGUCUGCCAUGGCCAGCCCACCCUGUUCUGGUGGGGAGGCACCCUGUGCACACACAUACCCCUCCCCAGUUUUGAUUGAAAGUUUGUAAAAAUGAGAGGGCCAGUGAGAUGG